GAAAGCUUGACGUUUCCCCUGCUUUUGAACACACACCGCCCGAUUUCGCCCUCAUACCGCAUUGACAGCAUGGCAACCGAGAAACUCCAAACAUAUGCGCAGAAACCCCGCGUUUUCAUCUUGUCAGACAUCUCCAAUGAGCCCGACGAUGCUGAAUCCUUAUGUCGCUAUCUUCUGUACGCGAAUGAGUUUGAGACCGAAGGCUUAGUGGCGUGCACAAGCACAUGGAUGAGAGACAAAGUAUGUCCUCAGGACAUGGAGAAGAUGAUUGACGCCUAUGCCGGUGCUGUUGAUAAUCUCAAUAAACAUGCGCACCCUGAGUGGCAGUACCCGGCUGCAGAGCAUCUGCGCGGACUGAUCAGAAAAGGCGCCGAGACUUACGGCAUGUCGGCUGUAGGUACUGACAUACCAUUAUCUGAAGGUGGACAACUUCUCUACGACUGCAUCAUCAAACCUUCCACGCAGCCGUUGUGGGUCCUCUGUUGGGGCGGGACGAACACUCUCGCCCAAGCGCUCUUGAAAAUAGACGAUGAUUUCGACCCAGAGGACUCCAAGCGCUUGCUUUCACGACUACGGGUUUAUGCCAUCUCCGACCAAGACGAUACGGGCGCGUGGAUCCGCAACAGUUUUCCCGAUAUCCUGUACAUCGCAUCGGUCCAUGGCUGGAAUCAUUAUGGCUUGGCGGCCUGGUCCGGAAUCUCGGGCGACAAGUACUACGGCUUCGAUCAAGGCGGUCCCGAUUUUACCAAGAUGGAAAAGAGUUGGAUCAAAGAAAACAUCCAGAUUGGCCCACUGGGAAGCGCCUAUCCCGACUACCUGUACAUUCCUGAGGGCGAUACACCUUCUUUCCUCUACCUUGUUCAGAAUGGCCUUGGUGUACCCGACUGUCCCAACUAUGGAUCGUGGGGAGGAAGAUAUGUGCGCACGGAUAUCAGUACUGAAGGUCUGAAUAGCAGUCAUUACUCCGAUGCCGUAGACCGAGUCCGGGUUGGCGACAAGACUUAUGUAUCCAAUCAUGCGACCAUUUGGCGCUGGCGCGAUGCCUUCCAGAAUGACUUCGCGGCGCGCAUCAAGUGGACUAUGGAGCCUGAGUUCGCCAAAGCGAACCAUCACCCUGUCAUCAACAUUAGCGGCUUCCAAGGUCUGGCGCCAGCUCAAGUCACUGCUGAAGCCGGCACAACAGUGACACUCGACGCUUCCGGUACCUACGAUCCCGAUGGCGGAAAGCUGACGUUCAAGUGGUGGCACUACCGCGAGCCCACGGCUACAACAUGGCUUGUCCAUGAAGAAGUCAUGGAACUCGCAAUCAGGAAGUUGGACGACGAGGGAAGGAAGGUCCGCAUCACACUUCCGCCACCAGGAAAGAGUGCUGUGGAUGUGAUGACCAAGGAGCCAGUUGCGCAGGGCCAGCUUCUGCACCUCAUACUCGAGGUCACCGAUGACGGAACACCAAGUUUAACGAGUUACCGCAGAGUAUUAAUCCAGGUGACCAACAAGGACUUACGAGGUGGCAAGAAGAGUGUUGAUGCCAUCAACGAUGCGAUGAAAAAGUUAUAAGCAAGACCAAGCGGAAGCUGAAUGGAUAGCCUUGUGCGUAUUAGAUGGGAAUGCCGAUAUAAUAAGAGCCACCUCAAAUUUCAGAUUGCCAUGUUUCA